AUGAUCAUCAUCAAUCUUUCAUUGGUCUUCUUGUCAUCGUCCUUUUUUGACAGCUCCUGUCGAACCAUCUCCAAUUCGGCUCUCAGCUCCUCUAUGGUCUGCUCCUUAUCUAUCGAUUAAUUUAAGCUAUAAAUAGGUUUAUGGAUUACGACGUGAAUGCGUAUAGCAGUGACGAAGACGCGAGAAGGCCAAAAAUAAUCGGCCGAAUUCCUUUGAUGAAUUUGAUGACCUCGAUUUCCUCGCAAGAUUUCGUCUUACAAAAAGGACUGUAGAAACUCUCCUGGACGAAGUCUAUGAAGAUUUAGUAUAUCCUGCAAGCAGGUAGAUGUAUCUAUCAUUCGGCUGUUGUUAGCACUGCACAAUGGAAGUUUUUUAACUGUUGCUGGAAAUUUUGCUGUGCAACUGCAUCCAAAACAAACUUACCAUAUUAAUAAUUAUUUUGCAAAUUUGUAAAUCGAUUCAAUACAUUCACUGAUGCUCAGUGAAUGACUCGAUGCUAGAUGAAAAUUGUUUAGUAUAAGAUCUGUGAUAAUCCAUGGCAAGUGGAUAAGAGU